AUGGGGUUUGAUUACUCCUUUCUCGCCUCCCUGCUUCUCUUCUCUGCCGUCGUAGCAGAGGGAGUCACCGCUCGCCGUCCCGAUCAGCCCCAGGUGCCGCUCUGCCUCUCUCUCUCUCUCUCUCUCUCUCUCCUCCGACGUCGGUCUCGCCCGGCAAACCCUAGCUGUCUCUCUCGUCGGAAGAUCCGCUUCAUUUUCUCGAAAACUGUCGUCACUCUCAAUCUGUCGUUCUUCGGGGAAGAGUGAUUCUCUUGAUUCGCGCCGCACAUGAUCUUUCGUCGUCGCCGACCGAUCCACGUCCAGAUCUCAGAUGUUCACCUCUCUCGCAGGUGGAGUGCAGCAGAUCCUGCGUCGCUCUGAACUGCAACUGUAAGUCUCGUCUGCUUGAAGCUCUCCCUCAGUUUUCUAACGUUAGCGAUCGAGCAGAACUGAAACGAUGAUUCUCGUCUGGUCCCUGAAGCGAUCGGUAUCCGAUACGGCAAGUUCUGCGGCGUCGGAUGGACGGGAUGCCCCGGCGAGAACCCCUGCGACGAACUAGACGCCUGCUGUAAGGUCCACGACGAGUGCGUCGACAAGAGCGGUAAGCCCGUCGGCUCGGCGCGUUCUCAUCGUCCCGCGCCGCAGCGAGAUUAUGCUUCGCCUCCGUUCAUCUGUACACUCUUCAGCUCGAUCUUCCAUCCUCCCGUUCCUGAUUUCUUGGAGCAGUCCUUAUUCGAGACAUUCCUGAAUUUUUCUUUUUUAUAAAAUUAUCUGAUUCUCUGUGGUCAGAUUCAUCCGUUGACUGAUAGAUCCAUGGAUUAUCGUAGAAUUUCGGAAGUAAAAUAUUGAUCAAUAUGGAAUCAGGAGAAAUAAAUAAAGUUAAGAAACUGACUUUCCGCUUUCGUAUCAUGAUCGCUCAUCAGACGGAAGCAAGCGAGGACCAGCUGGGCUCCAUUCCGUUGACUUCCACUCAUUUCUUGCUGGAUCCUUCAGGAAUGGCGAGCGUGAAGUGCCAUGAAAGCUUCAAGAGAUGCAUCAAGCGGACAAGGAAAACUGGGAAGGCGGGAUUCUCCAGGGAGUGCCCCUACGAAGUGGCCAUGCCCACCAUGAUUCAAGGGAUGGACAUGGCCAUCCUCUUCAGCCAGCUUGGUAGCUCCAAGUACGACUUAUAG